AUGUCUUCGUCACUCCCUGAGCCAUGGAUCGAGAGGGGAGAUAGCGGGGAGCCCCGUCGAGGGGAAGAUGCCGGUGAAAACGAACGGGAAGAAGAACACACUAUCAGCUCCUACGGUGACCUAGACGAGUCUGCACAGAUAUCGUCGCCUGUAUCUGAAUUGCCUUACCCGUUGACGGUUUCAUCUCGGGGUCCAAUCGCGACCACCCCGACAUCGAGGCGGACGUCUGUGCGCGGGAUUUCGAGCGCAGAUCUGAGUCCUGGAUCUCCCAGCAGCCCGAGCAGACUGCGGAUGCAGAAGCCACCGCGCGCCACUCAAGCGCGCUCGCCGUCUCAGACACUGAAGCUCAAACUGCGCGGAAGAGAUAUGACCCUAAACCUUGAAGAGGAGGCCUCUCCCCAGAUACGUUCCAUCUUCCAACGGACUUCGCCGCCGGAGACAAGCGGUUCUUUGCGGGACUCCGGCCAAAAUGUAGAUUACAUGGUACGCAUCCACCUCGAUACGCAAUAUAUCGCCUCUGGAGAACUCACGUCUUCCUCUGCGUCGCAGCCACCCCGCGUGUUCUUCGCCCCCAAGUCGCCUAUCUCGCCGACCACCGACUUUAGAACAACUGUUGAGGAGGCCCAAGAGCGCCGGGACGCACUCUCCCCUCCGGAUGCACCCCGUAUCAGACCAACUGUUUUUAACGAUGGCGCAAAGCCGACGGAGGACGUGGGAUUGCCGCCGUCGUUAUCACGGCGGACGUCUCCGCCGGGGGGAGCGCCAUGA